AUGAACAUUAAGAUAGAAAAUGGAGAGUCAAGAGCAGCUGCUGAAGACAAGAAGCAACCCCUUCUGGAAAAUGCAUCAGUUCCCCCGAAAACGCCUGCACAAAAGGCCAUAAGAAGAACAUUCAAAGGAACAGGGCAUUUGGUCAGGCUUCUCCCCACGGGUUCUGUCCUUACAUUCCAAGUUGUUUCUCCCAUUUUAACUCAUCAAGGCAAAUGCCCCAAUCACACCAACAGAGUUGUAACUUUAGGCUUCUUGGCUAUUUGUGGACUUUCUUGUUUCAUUUUGCGAUUAACCGAUAGUUUCCGGGAUGAAAGAGGAAAAGUUAGACAUGGCCUAGCUACAUUCAGAGGCUUAUGGGUUCUUGAUACAUCAUUGAAUCUUUCACAAGAAGAGGCCGCUAGAUAUCGGCUAAAGUUCAUUGAUUUUUUUCAUGCCUUUGCGUCAAUUUUGGUUUUCGGAGCAGUUGCAUUGUUUGAUAAAAAUGUUAUAAAGUGUUUCUGUCCACAUCCAUCAGAUGAAACCAAACAGCUCUUGGUGACAGUGCCUAUUUGGAUUGGAGUGGCGUGCAGUGUACUGUUUAUUUUGUUCCCCUCCAAGCGCCAUGGAAUUGGCACUUCUCUCUCUCGUAAUUAG